AUGCCUUCAAGAGCGUCAACGACACGCUCCGCCCGGCCUUCCUCCGCCCGGCCUUCCUCAGCCGGGGGCCGCAAACGCUCAAACUCGGCGUUGGGCGGGAGAGUCCCCUCCAUCUCCCGCGCCUCGCCCGCCCCCGCCGCCGAGUUUGUCGACACCCCGGAUAAUGAUCUGAGGCUGAAGAUUAGCCCAAUAUUCCGCGAUGCCCAGCGCAACACUGCGACACAUCGAAAACUGGCUGUAACCCUACGAAAGAUCCACGAGGCAUGCUGCUACGAGACACCCGACCAAAAGACAACUACCGAUAGCGACUUUGACGAGAAGGCCUUCAAUACCGAGUUCAUUCGCUGUGCUCUCAAGAUCAUGCCGGUCAAGAAGACUGAGGGCGUGGGAGAGAAAUCCAUUCGCUUCAUCGGUUUCUACCUGCGACAUUCCAACGAAAAAGACAACGAACUUUUGGGCGACAUGGUCGAUGACGCCAGCCAUAUGCCAGAGACGCCAAGCGCACGGUUGAUCUCGGAGUUGGUGGAGGCUGUUUCUCCUCUCUUGCUGGCAAAAGACAAGUUUGUUCGCUACCGAUCAACGCAGCUCUUGUCUCAGAUUGUCAACUCUCUGGAUGCCCUUGACGAUAGCCUGUUCCAAUCACUCCGCCACGCGCUUUUGAAGAAAAUUCGCGACAAAGAGGCUAUGGUGCGUGUCCAGGCAGUUCUUGGGCUUGGCCGCCUCGCCGGCAACCAGUCUGAUGGCCUUACAAACUCAGACGACAGUGAUGCAGACCAGGAGUCUGGCUUGCUGGAGAAGCUUCUUCAGGUGCUGCAAAACGAUCCGAGCGCCGAUGUCCGCCGCUCGCUACUGGUCAAUCUUCCAAUUCUUCCCAAUACUCUUCCUUACCUACUUGAGCGUGCCAGGGAUCAAGAUGCUGCAACGCGUAGAGCUGUCUACUCGCGCUUGCUUCCUGCACUCGGCGAUUUCCGCCAUUUGUCUCUCUCUAUGCGAGAAAAGCUUUUGCGUUGGGGUCUUCGGGAUAGAGACGAAAAUGUUCGCAAAGCUGCUGGAAGACUCUUUAGAGACCGCUGGAUUGAAGACUGUGCAGGAACCGCUCAGCAAGAGAACCCAGUCCCCAGCUUUGAUGGGUUGCUCGAGCUCCUCGAGCGAGUUGAUGUGAUCAACUCUGGAGUUGAGAACGGCGUCGCGCUUGAAGCAAUGUCUGGCUUCUGGGAAGGUCGACCUGAUUACCGCCAAGCCAUCAACUUUGACGACGCGUUCUGGGAAACCCUCACCGCCGAGUCCGCAUUCCUUGCUCGCAGCUUCAAUGACUUUUGCCGAAAGGAAGGUAACGGCAAAUUCGAAUCACUGGUCGAAGAGAAGCUUCCCGAAGUCACCAAGGUCGCCUACUUCCUCGAGCGUUAUCUAAAUGCGCUGAUAGAGACACUACGCCGAGUAGAGCAAGACGAGGCUGAAGAAGAGGACGAGACCGCAAUUGUGGAGCAAGAGUUCAUUGCUGAACAGCUGCUUCACAUCGCGCUGAGUCUUGACUACUCUGAUGAAGUAGGCCGACGUAAGAUGUUCACCCUGCUCCGCCAAGCCUUGUCCAUCCCCGAGCUACCCGACGAGGUAACCAAGCUCACUACCGAGACUCUACACUACAUCUGCUCCCCUGAUGCUGCCGGAGAGCGCGAGUUCUGCAGUAUUGUUCUCGAAUCGGUUGCUGAUGUGCACGACACGAUUGUGGAUGACCUUCCCGUUGAUGAUGUCGAUGAUAGCUUCCAUUCUGCACGGUCCGAGGUCAGUAGCGUGAGCGCAUCAUCUGGCAGCAAGGGACGUGGCAAGGAGCUGAGUGAAGAAGAUGCUCGUGCCAAGGCGGUUAAGGAAAUCGUCAUCAACAUGAAGUGUCUGCACAUUGUUCAAUGCAUGCUUAGCCACAUUUCGGGCAAUCUCAAAGAUAAUACUGACCUGGUCGCCAUGCUUAACAACUUGGUCGUUCCGGCGGUGCGAAGCCACGAGGCACCUGUUCGUGAACGCGGCCUGGUUUGUUUGGGCCUCUGUGCGUUGCAGGACCGCUCGUUGGCAGAGGAGAACUUGAGUCUGUUCAUUCAUUUCUUUAGCAAGGGACACGCAGCGCUCCAAGUGACCUCGUUGCACAUUCUUACGGAUAUUCUCAACGUUCACGGCGCGCAUUUGUUCUCAUCCACGCCGGCGCUCCUGAAGGUUUAUGUCAAGGCUGUGAAGAGUGGUUCUAGGGCACCAGAAGUGCAAGCCGCUGCCGUGAUGGCAGUUUCCAAGCUUCUUCUCGGUCGCGUGGUUAGCGAUGAAGAGGCAUGCCAGGAACUCCUCAAAUCGCUAGUCGUCGCCUACUUUGACCCGAAUUCGGCUGGAAACCAGACAGUGCGCCAGGCUCUCAACUAUUUCUUGCCCGUAUUUUGCUACUCCAGAGCGACCAACCAAGAGCUGAUGCGCAGCAUUGCCCUUCCCGCCCUUCACACUCUGCUCAACGUGCGUGAGGGCCUCGAGAACGAUGAUGAGGCUGAUGUUGAAGAAGACAUGGUCAGUAUGCCGGCCAUUGGUGCUUGCCUCGUUGACUGGACAGACCCACGCAAAGUCUACAGCCCUACCAGUCUUCUUGAGACAGAGAAGAAGAGCAUCAAUGGCGACGUUCACCUGGAGCUGGCUCUUGAUAUCGUGGACAGAUUGCACAGCAAUGUCACCAAGGAAGAAAAGAAACUCGUCGCUGGCCUCCUCGGCAAGCUGUGUAUCUCGUCCGGGUCCUCUGAGGACAAGCUUCGAGAGACGUACGAGGAAGUCUGCAUUGCUGUUGAAGAGGGUGUUGUGACGGACGCGCCUAGCAAGAACGCACUGUACAAGAUCCACGUCAGCCUGGGUAAGAUUGUUAAUGCGCUUGAUGAGCAGCAGCCCCAGCGCAACAGCCGUAGUGCCUCGGUUCUAUCGGAGCAGCAACCUUCUGACGGCAAGGCCGCCUCGGAAGAGCCCGUCAUCAAGGAGGAGGAUGAGGAUAGCGACGACACAGUCAUUGCAAAGACCAGCCGAAUCACACUGUCCCAUGCUCCAGCCUCUGACGAUGAGAUGGAAGAGUAG